GGAAACCUAAGAAGAGGGUGUGCACAGAAAAAAAGAAAAAAAGAAAAAAAGAAAGAAGAAAGGAAAAUGUGGAGGUUGAAGAUAGGAGAUGGAGGAAAUGAUCCAUAUCUGUUUAGUACAAAUAAUUUUGUGGGGAGACAAACAUGGGAGUUUGAUUCUGAAGCAGGCAAUGCUCAUGAGAGAGACCAAGUUCAGCUUGCUCGUCAAAACUUCUAUCAAAAUCGUUUCCAGACCAAGGCUUGUGCUGAUCGACUUUGGCGUUUUCAGAUUUUGAGAGAGAAUACGUUCAAAGAAAGAAUAGCGAAAGUGAAGAUUGAAGAUGGUGAAAAAGUAAGUUUGGAGAAAACUACAAGCACAGUGAAUAGGGCUGCUUCUUACCUUUCCGCACUACAAACCAGUGAUGGCCAUUGGCCUGCUCACCUUGCAGGUUCCCUCUUCUUUACUCCAGCAUUGGUCAUUUGUUUAUACAUUACAGGACAUCUUGAUUCAGUAUUCUCAGAAGAAUAUCGUAAAGAAAUUCUUCGUUACACAUAUUGUCACCAGAACGAAGAUGGAGGUUGGGGACUGCACAUAGAAAGUCACAGCACCAUGUUUUGCACUGCACUUAAUUAUAUAUGUCUGCGAAUUCUCGGAGAAGAACCCAAUGCUUGUGCUAACGCAAGAAAGUGGAUUCGCGAUCAUGGUGGUGUAACGCAUAUACCUUCGUGGGGGAAAUUCUGGCUUUCAGUUCUUGGUGUAGUUGACUGGUGUGGAAGCAACCCAAUGCCUCCAGAAUUUUGGAUCCUUCCUUCUUUUCUUCCUAUGCAUCCGGGUAAAAUGUGGUGUUAUUGUCGAUUGGUAUACAUGCCCAUGUCUUAUUUAUAUGGAAAGAGAUUCAUGGCUCCAAUCACACCAUUGGUAGCAAAUUUGAGAGAAGAGCUUUUUGUUGAACCUUACGAUAAAAAUACUUGGAGGAAAGCACGUCAUACAUGUGCAAAAGAAGAUCUUUACUAUCCUCAUCAUUGGAUACAAGAUCUAAUAUGGGAUAGUUUAUAUGUAUUCACCGAACCACUUCUAAAUCGAUGGCCUUUGAACAAGUUAGUGAGAGAAAAAGCACUUGAAGUAACAAUGAAACAUAUCCACUAUGAAGAUGAAAACAGUCGAUAUAUUGCUAUUGGAUGUGUGGAAAAGGUUUUAUGCAUGCUUGCUUGCUGGGUAGAAGAUCCAAAUGGAGAUGCUUUCAAAAAGCAUCUUGCAAGGAUCCCAGAUUGUUUGUGGAUUUCAGAAGAUGGAAUGACCAUGCAGGGAAUUGGAACCCAGUCAUGGGAUGCUGGUUUCAUUGUUCAAGCUCUACUAGCCACUAACCUAGUAGAUGAUUUAGGUCCCACACUUGCAAAAGCACACGAUUUCAUCAAGAAAUCUCAGGUAACGGAAAAUCCAUCAGGAGAUUUUAAGAGUAUGUAUCGUUAUAUUUGUAAAGGGUCAUGGGCACUGGCAGAUAGAGACCAAGCAUGGCAAGUUUCUGACACCACUGCAGAAUGUUUAAAGUGUUGUUUACUUUUAUCACUGUUGCCACAAGAGAUUGUGGGAGAAAAAAUGGAACUUCAAAAGAUACAUGAUUCAGUCACUCUGAUACUGUCAAUGCAGAGUGCAAACGGAGGUAUACCUGCAUGGGAGCCAGCAAGAGCUCAGGAAUGGUUAGAACUACUGAAUCCUACGGAAUUCUUUGCUGACAUAGUAGUUGAGCAUGAGUACGUUGAAUGCACUGCAUCAUCGAUUGAAGUUUUAGUGUUGUUCAAAAAGCUCUAUCCAGAGCAUAGGAAGGAAGAGAUUGAGAAUUUCAUUGGUAAAGCUGUAACAUUCAUUGAAGAUUCACAAUUAGAAGAUGGUUCUUGGUAUGGGAAUUGGGCAGUUUGCUUCACUUACUGCUCUUGGUUUGCAAUUGGAGGUUUAGUUGCUGCCGGAAAAAGUUACAAAAACUGUGCUGCUAUUCGUAAAGGUGUGGAAUUUCUACUUAAAAUACAAAAUGAGGAUGGUGGAUGGGGAGAGAGUUACCUUUCUUGCCCAAGGAAGGAGUAUGUACCUCUUGAAGGCGGUCGAUCAAAUCUUGUGCAGACAUCUUGGGCUCUCAUGGCUCUAAUUCUUUCUCAGCAGGCUGAAAGAGACCCAAAUCCCCUUCAUCGUGCAGCAAAAUUACUAAUCAAUUCUCAGUUAGAAGAUGGUGAUUGGCCCCAACAAGAAACUCUUGGAGUGUACUUGAGGAAUUGCUUGGUCCAUUACCCUUUUUAUAGAAAUGUUUUUCCAAUGUGGGCUUUGGCUGAAUAUCGUACACAUGUUCUAUUGCCUUCCGGGCAGCUUCUUCCUGCAUCAUCAUAAUUUCAUU